AAACGUCGAUGUGCGCUAAAUAACCAGAUAUCGCGGAUGUUUUGAGAUUUCAAAUCAUCUAAAGAGCCUUUACGAUUUGAACGUGAUGCGUAUCAGAUGUGAAAAAAAAUCCCAUCCACGCUGCAGCUAUAUCGUAUCUGUGUCGGAAGUCAGCGAGGCAUCCGAUUUUGCUUGGCAGUGAAAAUGCGGCCUAAGUUUGUGUAUUACGUGUCGUUCGCUUCAGAUCGAGGCUUCCCUCAGCCAUGGAGUUCGGAGUGACCCCGAGGCGCCACAACCCCGUCGACAGCAUCUGCCGCAAGCUGCAGACGAUCCAGCGGCGUGACCGUGAGCCCAACUCUCCUUUCCAGAUCCCCAAACUGCAGUCGAGCAGCUACGAGAGUCCGCACACGGGUCUGAGACGCAACAUGGACACCAUCCUGAAGAAGCGCAAAGGCGAUACGGAGCAGAACAGCUCACCGCUCGUGCUCACUCCCGGUGCGUCCCGCAGCUCCGGAAGGACCCCGUGUGUCCCCGUGACACCCCUCAGUCCUGUUAACACCACUUACACCGUCACCAGCACGCUGGGUAAGCGGGUGGAGAAGGGCGGCAUAGCGCCCGGGCACAGCCGAGCCUGGCAGCUUAGCUGCUCCACACCUGCUCUCAAGAACGGUGAAACUCGCUACAGCUUCACACCUGCUCUCCAGAACGGUGACUCCUGCUUCAGCUUCUCCCCGAGCGAGACGGACCGGAGCAAAGCACCAGCGCACGGCCUGCUCUCCUACAACCUUAACUUUUGCUCCUCAGAUGCCUCCACGAUAUUAGACUGCGAGCUGCCUCAUCCAGCCCUGGUGGUCAAGAGACUGUCAAUGGGAGAUGGUGCUUCGUUGCCAUCCGAGCCCAAGAAAGAGAGUUUGUCCGAGGUCAGUCUGAUUUGUGAAGAGGACCUGCUCGACACCAUUUUUCAGGCCUGCGAUACCCAGUGCAGAGGUAAGGUGUACGUGUCUCACAUCGUGGACUACCUGAGACACACGACGAGUCGUAGCUCUGAGGACAGCGGCCUGGAGGAGCUGUGUAACAUGCUGGACCCCGAACACAAGGACAUCUCCAUCGACCUGGACACCUACCAUGCCAUAAUGAAGGAGUGGAUCGAAGACUGCCGCAAUCAGGUGAAGGACGGUAACGACGACAUCGCUCAGGAAUCGGUCAAAUUGCCAGACAGCUUGUCGGCCAGGAGGUCAUUUCUGCUGAAUAUGACCUCAGGCAGCCUGGAGGCUUUUGGAGGAGAAGCUUCUAGAGCUGAGCUCGAGACGUCUGAUUUGGUGUUCUGCGUGGCCGACUUGCAGUUUAAUAACCAGAAACUUCAGGAGGAGGUUCGGAAACUGAAGCAGGCCACGGAGGCGAUGGAGGAGACCAACCAGAGACUCGUCGAGGAAAACGAGGAGCUCAAGACUCAAGCUAAAACGGGGCAGCAGCUGCUACAGAAGGAGCGCAUGCUGAAAGAGGAGGUGGAGGAGAUGAAGCUGACUUUAAGCUCUUCGGAGGAGAAUCGAGUCCGAGCCUCAGCUCAGAGUAAACAGAUGGAGCGAGAGAACCAGGCUCUGAUCUCGAAGCUCGCCUCUCUGCAGGACGAGAACAUGAAGGUGUCUGUGGAGGUGGCGGAGCUUCAGAAGAAGAUGCAGAUGCUUUAUGAGCUCAAUGCUGACCUGCAGGACCAGGCUCAUUCCUUCGACGCUGCCAUGACUGAGAAGGACACGUUAAUUCAGGAGAAAAUGAGGCAGAUCGAGGAGCUGAAGGCUGCGGUUAUGGAGUACUCCUCAGUGACUGAACUGCUGAGAGCAGAGAAGAGCAAGCUGGAGAGUCAGAUGCAGCUGCUGCAGCCAGAUGUGGCCAUUCCUGGUCUGUCCCUGUCUGUGGCGUACAGACUGAAUCAGACGAGUUCAGGUUCUCUGGAGACGGAGCUAGCCCUGGCGCAACAGAAUCCACCCGAGGGGGCGGAGCAUUUUUCCUCCAUGUGCUUGGCCUCGCCUCUGGACGAGACUCUGGACCGUGAGGUUCUUCUUCUCCUGCAGGGUCCCACACCUGAGCAGAUGUCUCAGGAGUUUAAAAUCCUGAUAAACAGACUGAGGCGCGAGUUUGAAGAGGACACGCUGGAGGUCCUCGAAGCAUUUCCAGGCUUUAUGAAGAGUCAAGAAGUGCAGGACUCCGACCCCAAACGCCAGGGCCUGCGGGUUCAGCUGGAGCAGCGGCGUCGCGAGUGGACUCACGGCCUCGAGCGGCUGAAGCAGUACACGGACUCGCUGGAGAAGGAGCUGCUGAAGAUGGCGAGCAACAUGCGCCGGUCACGCACCGAGAUCCUGCACCUGUCCGUCAGGCUGCAGGAACAGGAACAUCACAAACUGCUAUUACGUGAGGAGCUGGAUCAGCUGAAGGCUCAGCAGGACCUCAGAGACGCCAGCUGUCAAACGGACCCGCCUCAGGUUGUGUACGAGGAGGAAAACUCAUCCCCGGAGUGGGACAGGGUGUAUCCGCUACUCGACUCUCCUUCUGAAGAGGACACCGCCGAGUUCGAGACGCACACACAGGAAGACGAUGAGAAGCAACCUCUUCCUCCUGCUGCUGCUGAUGAUGAUGGUGAUGAGGAGGACGAGGAGUUACAGGAAGACCUGAGCAAGCUGGAGGGCUUACACGAGACAAGUUGUGGGGAAGACGUUAAACAGGAAUCGAAUACACCGAGAGAAACGACACGUGAUUCUGGAGAUGAGGCCGAGAAGCUCCGAGGUACCGGCACGUCCCAGGAGAUUCAGCGAGAGAGCAUCACGGACACCGGACCACGCGAAACUCUGCUUGAUGAGGAUCGACUCGAGGAUCACUGCGAACCGCAACAGGAGGAAGCCAGAUUCCCAGCCUGCACCGGGCCUGAUGACACCCACGAGCAGGCUGUGUGCUGCAGUGCUUCUCUUUCACACUCCCACCCUCAGUGUGCUGAUGAAGUGACUCUGAGCCUGUCUGAGCUCUCUCCCCCCCACCACGUCUCCCCGUGCCACGUAUUUCCCCCAGCUCACGGGUCUGCAGCGGGGCAAACUUUCUCUUUAACCGAAAGCUCACCUGAGGAAGAACCAGGACCUGAAGGAGAGCAGGACGUCCCGGACAGCAUGAGCAUUGCGCAGAAACUGACACAGGAGCAGAUUUCUGACGUGCCUACUGUACUGGAGAGGAGUGGUCUGUUGCCCGUAGCCGAGGAAGAGGAACCGAUGUCUGAGGCGAGUCAGCAGGGGGUCGUGUCAGUUAACUCCAGGGCGGGGAGCGGAGCGACAGGGCCGAGUGCGGCGAAGGAUAACGGGACGACAGUCCCUAUGACCAUUAGGAACAGAAUUAAAAAAGACCUGGAGACUCCCAGCAGCAGUAUGGAGACCAUCGGAGAGCAGAGAUCCCAGGAAGACAGUGAAGGUUUGAGUCCAGAUAAAAACGGUGCCAUUCCUGAAGACGGUGAAUCACUGAGGGAAGACGGACUGACUCAGAGUGAGAAAGACAUCGAGGCCGAGUUCCUCCGUCUGUCUCUGGGUCACCGCUGUGACAUGUUCACUCUGGAGAAGAGACUUCGUCUGGAGGAGCGCUCACGGAACCUGGCCGAGGAGAACGUACGCCGAGAAGUGUCCAGCUGUCAGGGUCUGCUCCAGGCUCUGAUCCCUCUGUGUGGUGAUGAUAACCCCUCGCUGGAGAUCAUCCAGCGGCUGCAGAAGAACCUGGAGAUCCUGCUGCAGUCCGUCACCCGAGUGUCCAGUCGCUCGGAAACGCUGGGCUCCAUUCACCAGGAGACUCGCAUGGGGAAAGCGAUCGAGGUGAUGAUUCAACACGUGGAGAACUUGAGGAGGACGUACACUAAAGAGCACGCCGAGCUGCUGGAGCUCCGAGAGAACCACUUGCUGAAAGACAGGUCCUUCAGCUCCCACACGGAUGAUUUCCGGAAGAAAAGGGGCAGCGCCGAAUUCUACAAGGUGGCGGCCCGUCGCGUCAGCAUCGCCACCAUCCCGCGCAGCACCGGAGCGCUGGCACCCGGUGACAUGGGUAAAGAUCUCACGGAGGCGGAGCUGGAGAAGCUGGGACGUAGGUCACCCAGGAACGUGCUUGGAAAGAGCACACAGCGGGCGCCUCUAAAGCGUUUUAUUAGUUGCGCCGAGACAGAAGGUCCUGCCCUUAGGAAUAGCAAUCCAAGUCCCACACCGAGCAACAGUCCGAGUCCUACGACUGACCCGGCCUCGCCUUUCGGGGCGAAAGCGCAGCCUUCUGAGCUACCUGAAGCUCCUAAGGGUGUCUGCACCUGGGCGGCGUUGAUGGUGGUGCUGGCCGCCUUCGUAGCGGUGUUGGGUAAGAUGUUGAUCCAGCCGGCUGCGGACGCAGCCCCUGUGGGCACCGGCGACUCCUGGAUGGCCAUCCAGCAGAUUCUGUGGCCGUACACAGGGCUCCGGCACAACGGCCAGCCCCCUGUUUAACAGUGUGACGCCCCCUAGUGGACGGGAGGCUCGUAGCGGCAAUCGUAAUCCGAGAUCAUGAAGCACUUUUUUUAAAUUUUUUUAUUUUUAAACAGGAAAAACAACUGCAUGGAGGAAUAGUACGACCAAGUACACUUUUUUUUUUUCUUUUUCUUUUCUUCUCUUGCUUAACUACAGAUUUUGAACGACUUGUUUGAACACCAUCAACAAAUGGUUAGCAAUUAUGUAACGAGAGAAUGUUUUAACCAAUCGGGAAAUGGAGCUUUCCGUCUGGCUUCCUGUGCUGAAUCUCUGGACACAGAUUGAAGCGGCUACCUUUUUAACAUUUUUACGUUCUGAUGAUAUCGAUGUUUUUACUGACAGAUGAAGGAACUGGUUUUUUUUUUUUUUUUUUUUUUUUUUUUUUUUUUUUUUUUUAAAGCUGUGCUGUUUGAAAUGAUAACUUAUUAUUUUAAGGUUUAUUGCUUCAGAUUUUAUUCACCUUCAGUUUCAAUGUUUCAGACACAAUAAAAAAAAAAAUAUUAUUAUUAUUAUUAUUAUUAUUAAGUUUGGUGUGCACUAUUAUGGAUUCAUACACUUUUAUAUGUUCCAAAGAUGGGGAGGAACAACUAGAUUUGACACAAUAAAGUUACUAAUCCAACUGCGAUCACAGCUUGUUGCAGAUAUGAUAUGUGGUGGAUUUGACUGGUUUUAAUUAAUUUAUUUAUUUAUAUAUUUUUCCCUCAGCUACACUUUCUCUCUGGUUAAUAUGCACUUUGUUUUUGUUUUGGGGAUAAUAUCAGCGAGGAAAUUCGAAAAUUCCUCCAUCUGAGGUGGGUUUGGGUUUAAACCUUGUUGGUGAGGGAUUGAUGUAGGUGAUUAUCUUGAAAUUAAUUCCUAACCCUUCUAUUAGUUCGGCGUCAUGUUGGACAUUCUGCCUGUUUUACAGGUCACACAGUAACUACGUUCCUAAUUUAAGGUGAAUUUUGUAUUUAAAUCUUAUUUACCGACGUGUUCUCGUUUUUGCUGACCAGGAAGUGUGCAGAAGUUUGCACACCCUCGAAGACCAACGAAAGACGAAUUGAAUUUACACUAG